AUGAAUACAUCAAUGAAUACAUCAACGACACUAACGACGCCUAACAGCAACCGGCAAUUUGAGCAAUCUUAUAAACUUGCGUUGAAACACUUUAUUAAUCGAAAUUUUUCACAAGCUUUCCAACAAUCACGUACACUUUUCAUUCAAGCAUUCGAUGAGUAUCGUACAGGUUCCAUCUCUAUGAACCUUUUGGUAAAGGUCAUUGAUUUGUAUCUUGUUGUUGUCGGGGUAAGUCUUCGGGAAAAGAGAUUGAAUCAGAUUAUGACUACAGAAGCUAAGAAUUCAAUUACUUCUAACGAAGUAUGGAACUUGAUUAGUAGCGUUUGGGGGAGCAAACAUGGGGAAGACGUACCGUGGGAGAUAUUGUACAAUUGGCAUCUUUUAAUGAUUUCUAAUCUUGAGUUGAUUCAAGAUCGACUGGAAUAUUUACGUGAUUUAAAGAGAGUCUACACGAGAUUGAGUAUUGAUGAAAUUGAUGGUGAAGGGCAGAGCGAGAAGUAUGUGAAUAAAUUGAUGAUUUUGAUCAAGUUUGAAAUCCUCCCGCGACUUGACCAGUACGAAGAGUCAUAUAGACUCAUUGGUGAUAAUGUGGAAGAAAGAGAGAAAUUAGAUAAAAUCAAACAAAAUCGUAUAGAUGCAGAACAAAAAGCCCAGGAAACGAAAAAGCAAGAAGAGAAGAAAUUGAAAGAAGAGAAAGAGAAACAAGAUGCCGAGGCGAGGAAAUUGGCACGGGAAAGUAAUCUAAAGUACCGAUCAAUAAAAGAGAUUCGUCGUGGCUAUGAAGAUAAUGGCGAUGAAAAGAGAUUAAGUAUCAAGGAAAAUCAAGAUAUAGAUGGAAGAGUGGACACUAUUAAACUGCGCUUGAUCUAUUUGUCAAAGUUGAUGAAAUCAUACUUGCUGCAAAACUACAUGGUAUUGAUUGUGUUAGUGAUUGCUGCUUUAGGAAGUGGGAAAUACUUGAGACAAGCAAACAUUAGAGAAAAAGUUAUUGAGACUGUGAAAAUGGCAUUUAAAUUUACAUAUGUAUAA